AUGAUAGAUCUUGCCGGUAUGACAGAUUUUAUGGCUCUGCCUGGCAUUGAGUGGUCCGCCAGGUUUUUAGAUUCCCACACGGCACGUCUCGGCCGCCCGAGUCUCAUAGGUGCGCCCGGAGCUUAUGGGGUAGGGAGGGUCGAGGCGGGUCGUGUCAUUGAGUUUCUUUCCCAGGGUUCCUGUCGUUUGGGUCCAUCAUUUCCAUAUUGGCUUAAAUCUCAAAGAGGGCUCAAGUAUCUUGAUUUCUCAAAAGCUAGUAUAUUGGAUCCUAUACCCAACUGGUUUUGCAACCUCUCUGGCAGAUCUAUUCCUGUGCCGAGUUUCGAUCUUGAUGUACUAGCUCUUUCAAACAAUGAAUUUUCUGGUCCUAUUCCGGAGACUAUUGGUGAAUCCUUGUGGUCUUCGAGUUUUCUUUCACUUUCAGGCAACCAACCAUCUGGUUCAAUUCCUGAGUCUGUUGGACUGAUGUCAUCAAUUGUCUUGGACCUGGCGGAAAAUGACUUUAAUGGUAGUAUUCCUACUACAUUUGGGGAGUUUUUCUCCAUGACUCUAGUGCAAAAGAAAAACAUGUAUCUGUUUUAUGGGAGCAGCAUUGAGCACUAUUAUGAAGAAAGCUAUGUUGUAAAUAAAAAAAACCAGUCUCAAAAGUUCACAAAGACUCUUUCUCUUAUGACAAGAAACCAUAUCAGUGGCCAAAUUCCUCCAAGCAUCUCGCAGUUGCAGCACUUGUCAUCCCUUGAUCUGUCUGACAAUGGUUUUUCAGGUCUAAUUCCUGCAGGCAUGUCUUCUUUAGAUUUCUUGGGCCUUUGUGGAGCUCCACUUAUAGUAAAUUGUCAAGUUGAUGAUUCUGAUAAAGAUAAGAAGAUUGAUAUUGACAGCAGCAACAGCUCUACUGAUACAUGGAUUCUUUACUUGAACAUUGUUUUGGGAUUUGUUGCAGGAAUCUCUGUUCCUUACACAGUUAUCGCAAUCAGAAGGCCCUGGUGGGAUGCCUACAUGGGUUAUGUUCAUAAAACUGCCGACAGAUUAUCAUAUUUAGGACACAAAGUGGCUAGACGUUGCAGGAACAAUUUGAAGCAUAAUUAA